AGUUCGCACGAUGUGGUCAUCGCCGUCAUGGGCGCGACGGGGUGCGGGAAAAGCACCUUUGUCUCCACGCUGGUCGGGCACGAGGUCGGCAUCGGCCACGGGCUCAAAGCCUGGCUGAUCGACACGCCGGGGUUUAACGACACGACGCUCGGUGAUGCCGAGGUGCUGCGCAGCAUCGCGUUCCUGCUGGCGCGCACGUACGAGGUCGGCGUGCGGCUGGCGGGCAUCGUGUAUCUGCACCGCAUCACCGACGUGCGGGUCGGCGGAUCGGGCAAGCGCAUGAUGCAGCUGAUCCGUGACAUGUGCGGAGCCGAAGCGUUCCCGCGGCUCGUGCUAGCCACGACCAUGUGGCAGGAGCUCGGCAGCAACGACCCGGCCGCGUUCGACCUGGCGGUGCAGCACGAGAUGGAGCUGCGGCGCACCGACGAGUUCUGGGGCGCCAUGUGCCGCGGCGGCAGCCGGCUGGCGCGGUGGGACGGCAGCCGGGCGUCGGCCAUGGCCAUGGUAGACCGGCUUCAAGACCUGCAGGCGGAGCAAGGCCCGAUGGCGUUGCAGAUCCAGCGCGAGAUGGUAGGGCAGCGGCUGGACCUUGCCGACACUGCGGCGGGCAGGACGGUCGGCGCCAAGGCUGCUGCGCUCGCCGACAGGUUCCGCGCCGAGAUGGCCGAGGCCGACCGCCAGUUCCAGGAAGAAGACGAGGGACGCCGAAACACGCAGGCUCUUACCGUGAGCGCCGUCAGGGCUGAGUGUGAGCGGCAGGUGGCUGAGGCGGAGAAGGCGCGCGACGCGCUGCAAGUCGACUACGACGAGCUGCUGCGCCAAAAAGUGGCCGAGUGCGACGAGGUGUUGCAAAAAAUUGACCGCGAGGCCACAACGGUGCAGGCAGCCGUGCAGGAAAGGGAGCGCGAGAGCGCGGCAUUCGUCCGCGAGGAGCCCCAGUUCGAGGAGCUGUUCCAGACCGAGCUCGAGUACAACGAAGCACGGCUGAAGAAGCUAGAUCAAGAGAUUGCCGAGCUCCGGUCGACUGGGCUGCAGGAAGACCUGGAGAAGGCCCUCGAGGAGCACCGGCGGGUCGACGAGUGCUACCGGGAGUUCCUGGCGCAGUUCAAGGCUAGGCAGGUGGCGCAGCGCGUCCGAGACGGCGAGCUGGCGUCGCUGCGGGAAGAGGGCACGAGACUGAAAAAGCUGCAGGUGGCCUUGAAAGGAUUCGGGGUCCUCGCGGGCAUCGGGCUUAUUGUAGCCGGUGCCGUGACGGGCAUCGUGCCCUUGAUAUCGAGUGGCGGUUCGCUGACCAUCGGUGCCGCGCGAUCAAUGCGGCGUGAUUUUGCCAACAGUCGGCCGGCCUAG